AUGAAAAAAACUCAAAACAUGAGAUAGAUAAAAGGAUGAAAGGAUUGCGCAUUAAGAGGGUCACAUGUCUGCUAAAAUUAUAUGAUUCCAGCUGCUUGUCUUUGCUUGAGUAUUCAAGCCCUCGUGGACAUGGGGAGCUUUCGGUGAGGGACUGAGUUGUGAAGUCAAGGAAAGCCACACAUCAUCCCUCCUGUCACUGGAGCAAUGUGUACGGAGAACCUCAUGACUACCGGCUGGCAACAGUAGAAGACAAAAGAACGAUCCAGUGGAGAGAAGAGGGACGAUCCGGUUGGGAUCUUGGAAUCUGAUGCUGCAGUCAGGAGCAUCUGCAAGCUUAAUUGUGCGACUCAACCCGUGCAGCUGUGCACAGCACACACGCCGAAGCUGAGAGGGACAGCCGAAACCAAGGAUAGACGCGUACGCCGAGCUGACAGGGCUGGCUGAUGUGGACCUACAACCUGUCAAGUUCUGGGUGUGAGGUGCAGUGAUUCAGCCCCUGUAAGGUAGGGAAGGGGCAUGGCGGGUUGUCCAUGCCUGAGCUUACCGGGGCUGCUUGUGCUCCUGACCGCUGCAUCCAUAACACAUGGUCAGAGCUGCCCACAGCGCUGUGACUGCAUCUCUCAUCAGAGAGCUGUGAUGUGCCAGAACAAGCGCCUGGGAUCUAUUCCUGGGGGCAUCCCGGCUGACACACAGCUCCUGGAUCUGAGCUGCAACAGUUUACGCUGGGUGGAAUACAAUGAAUUGGCGACUCUCUCGAGACUUGAGGAGCUAGACUUGAGUGAGAAUCUCAUCAGCGUAUUGGAGCCUAAUGCCUUCUCCAGCUUGCUUAAUCUUAGAGUGUUGCGUCUGCGAGCCAACCAGCUUAAACUCGUGCCCAUGGGUGCCUUUUCACGUCUCACCAACCUCACCACUCUGGACCUAAGUGGGAAUAAACUGGUCAUUCUGUUAGACUUCACCUUCCAGGAUUUGAGGAACCUCCGCAAUUUAGAAGUUGGUGAUAAUGACCUGGUGUACAUUUCAAACAAGGCUUUCCUGGGAUUGGUGGGACUCCGGGAGCUAACCAUCGAGAGGUGCAAUCUGACUUCUAUAACUGGACAAUCUCUUUCCUACCUUCGAGGCUUGGUGACUCUUCGAUUACGCUACCUCAGUAUCUCUUCCCUGGAAGAGCAGAACUUUCGCAAACUGGGUGGACUGCGGGCUCUUGAGAUUGACCAUUGGCCCUUCCUUGAGUACAUCUCUCCGCACAGCUUCCAAGGUCUCAACCUGUCUUGGCUCUCGAUUACCAAUACCAACAUUUCCACCGUGCCUACGGGUGCUCUUCGCAACCUAAUUCACUUGGCUAGCCUCAAUCUGUCUUACAACCCCAUCUCGGUUCUCGAGUCCUGGGCCUUGAGGGACCUUGUCCGCUUGAAAGAACUGCACCUAGUUGGUACCAACUUGAUAUCAGUGCAGCCCUAUGGUCUUGGAGGCCUGCAACAGAUACGGUUGCUCAACUUGUCGAACAAUGGGUUGGUGACCUUGGAGGAGGGAUCCUUCCACUCAGUCAAUACACUGGAGACGUUACGUGUAGAUGGGAACCCUUUGUCCUGUGACUGCCGCCUACUGUGGAUCCUGCAGCGCCGUAAGACCCUCAACUUCAAUGGAAAGUCGCCCGUUUGCGCUACACCCUUGGAAGUGCGAGGAAAAGCACUUAGUAUCUUUUCGGACUCUGCACUCUUUGACCAUUUCACUUGUCAGCGGCCCAAAAUUCGUAACCGCAAGCUGCAACAGAUGACGGCACGUGAAGGCCAGGUAGUAUCGUUUGUAUGUAGAGCAGAUGGAGACCCAACUCCAGUCAUCUUUUGGAUUUCACCUCAGCGCCGACGUAUCACCACCAAGAGUACUGGGAGAAUCAUUGUCCUGCCUGAAGGUACGUUGGAGAUCCGUUACGCCCAGGUAACAGACAGCGGCACUUACAUCUGCAUAGCAAGCAAUGCUGGUGGCAACGAUACCUACUUUGCCACCCUGACAGUCAGUGGAUUGCCACUGGAUGGUUCUCUGGCAGCGAAUCGCACCUACUACGUGGGUGAUCUCAAUGACACUAACUUAAAUGACACACGUGUCUUCCUGAAGUUCACAUUGGAUCUCAAGACCAUCCUGGUGUCCACAGCAAUGGGUUGUAUUAUGUUUUUGGGUGUUGUGCUUUUCUGUUUCAUUCUCUUGUUUGUGUGGAGCCGAGGACGAGGUCAACACAAGAACAAUUUCUCAGUAGAGUAUUCAUUCAGAAAGGUAGAUGGUCCUGCUGCCAGUGGGGGUCAAGGAGGAGCACGAAAGUUUAACAUGAAGAUGAUAUAAAUUGGACACAGUUUGAAGGGGUAAAGCGCACAUUAUUGUUAUUUCAAACUGGAAUAUAUUUCUAAUACCAGUCCUGCGUAUAGCUAUAAGUCCAGAUUUGAAGACACAGAGGGUUUUAAUGGGAGUAAUGUAAUUACUGAGAGGUACUUUCCAUCAGGAGUUAUUUAUAAUCUAACAUUACUUUUGGGGUCUUGGGACAUUUUACACAAUUAUUAAGACAUUUAUGAUGAAUUGCAUCUGUGUGGGGUUGGCUGGCAUUAGGACUCAUUUUGAACUUUUUUCAUGUGAGAAGGCCAAGCUUGUAGUAAUGUGUAAUGACUAUUAAAAAAAAUGUAUUUCCUACAGAAUGAAAAGAGAGUUUGUGUGCUCUUAAUAUUUCGGAGGUUAUUGUGGGAUUUAGUAAUAUUUUUAAUUUAGUAAUAGUUAUGAUUAUUAAAUGGGUGCUUUCUGCUUGCCAAGAAAUUGCCAAGUCCCUCCAAAGUUACAAAAAAAAGGUACAUUAUUGCAUUUUGCCUAAGCAAUUCAAUUUAAGUGUCCAAUGGUCUGUAGGCAUGAGCAUAUAUUUCACACUGCCAAUGAAACAAGGAUUUGUUGUUGAAAUAGCUUCAAAUCUUAACCUGUUAACCACAGGGUUGCUAGAAGACUGUUUAAAGAAUUAAAACGGUUUAAUUAAAUCUUACUUAGUUGAUUUUAUUUGCUCUGGAUAAUGAGGCCUGAUAACGACUGCUUCUAUAUUACACUGCCACCUACUUCUGAGUCAUGCCGCAUAAAGUUAAACACGCGCACACACACAUACAAAGGUACUGUAGUUACAAAAUAAAAAGCACAUUGUAUUUAUAAAGCAUUACAUAUUUAUCAGCUAAACACCAAUAGCCUCAGUAUCUACACUGGGUUGAAGACAUUUUGUAUCUUAUUGUAUAUAUUGAUGUUUUGUGUGUACAUUUUGGUGCCCUGUUUUCAUUGUCAAAUUAAUGUGAAAUACUUUUAUUCAAUAUAACAUGUUCUUAAAUGAAUCAAAGAUGAUGUGUGAAAAACUCUUUAAAAGAAAUCUGAGCAUUUUAUUACUGGUGGUGACGAUAUACGUUGUCUAUAUGCCUCUUCUAUGUAAAGUGUGUAAAAGGGAAUGUCAAUCUCAUGAAUUGUUUCAUGUUAUUUUGCAUGAGUACAAAGUGGGAAACAAUACAAUCAAAGAUAGCUUUUUCUGUAUAAGUCACUGAUCCUUUGAUCCAUCAUGGAGUUCUUAUGCUUAUAUUGUCUGUUUAUAAAUGGUAUUUUUGAGGCGUUGGACACAACAUUUUCCCUGCUCAAGUGCUGCCGCUUAAAAUGAAACAGGAAGGCACUUUACAAAGCUGUUCUGCUGCCCCCUAAUGUUAAAUUAUGUCCGUUUAAAGAACACAGGGUAUCAGGCUCAACCUUAUUGCCUUCUAUUGGUCAAUCUAAGCUUAGAAGAAUUCGAUCAUCAGAUCUGUUUGAGCAGAUCAAAUACGCUCUGUCUUAUUUUAAGCAGCAUUGUACAUUGCAAAACCGCCAUAAUUUGUCAUCAACUACUGUAAAACUUAUUAAACUAAGCUUUUUUAAAUAUUUUUUGUAAAAAAAGUCAUUUUACAGUUUUGUUUUAAUGUAAAAUAAAUGGGGAUCCACAACAUUUUUAUGUUCUAAAUGUUUUUAUUCUUAAAUAUGUUAAGAAUAUUGUUCUUAUAUUGUACUAAUAAGAAAUAUGCUGUUUAUAAAAGCAUGUAUCUAA